CCGCACAAGUCUGCACCAAGGACUGAAGGUUGGCUGAGAUGGCUCGCGUGUUCGUGUUCUCCGCUCUGCUGCUGCUGUCGGCCUGCUGCUGGGCCGAGGAGACAGAGGACCUCUCUGUCUCUGAGCUGCUGGAGAGAGCCAACAGAGACCUGAUUCGUUCUGCUGAUGAACCCACCCUGGUUGAGGGCGACAUCGCCAUCGACGAGGCCGAGAGGAACGCUGACCCCUGCACCAGCCGCGGCUGCAUGUGGGGCAAGUGGACCGAUGGAAAGGUCUACAUUCCUUACUAUAUCGCCAACCACUUCAACUCCCGCGAGAAGGCCAUCAUCACCCGUGGCCUGGAGUCCUUCUCCUCCUUCUCCUGCAUCCGCUUCAGACCCAGCAGAAGCAGCGACCGCGACUGGCUGAACAUCGAGUCCCAGAAUGGCUGCUGGUCCUACGUGGGGCGUCGCGGUGGUAAGCAGGUGCUCUCUCUGGCCCGUAGCGGCUGCCUCUACCACGGCACCGUCCAGCACGAGCUGCUCCACGCUCUGGGCUUCAACCAUGAGCAGACCCGCUCCGACAGAGACAGCCACAUCAGAGUGAUGCUGCAGAACGUCAUUUCAGGAAUGGAGCACAACUUCAACAAGAUCGCCACUCUGAACCAGGGAACUCCCUACGACUACAACUCUGUCAUGCAGUACCACAAGUACGCCUUCUCUAAGAACAACCAGCCCACCAUGGUGCCCAUCCCGAACUCCAACGUGUCCUUCGGCAACGCUCAGGAGAUGAGCCGCAACGACAUUGCCAGGCUCAACACCCUCUACAAGUGCUAGGAACUUCAGAAGUCUGGAUCUCUUGCAGAUCUACUGGAUUUCAUGAGAUAUUUCAUACAAUACACUUGCUCAAAUCCA